GGGAAGGAGUGUAUGAGCAUAUGUUUGCAGCUCCUCCCGUUAUAUUCCCUCACAGAGCACUUGGUCGGUAUCUUACACAUAUUUUUCAGGCUGCAGAUCUUUGUGUCGCAGAGUCCUGAAAGAGCAGCAUAUUUUUUAACAAUAUGGAAAAGGAGAGAAGAUCCUCAAAGCAGUACGGCUCUUUGGAGAAGACGCAGGUGGAGGGAGCGACGCAGAAAUCAACAGAGGAUGUUGUUUCCAUGGCGGACUCCACGAUUACGACCGAGGACAUCGAAGGAGAGCUGAGCAAAAUUGAGCGGAUAAGAGACAUUUUGGUACGGAGGGAAUCCGAGCUGAGAUACAUGAUGGACGACAUUCAGCUCUGCAAAGAAAUCACGAGGCUGAAGACAGAGCUGCAGAAGCUUGUCUCAAUUCAAGAAAAUGAUAAGUCCAAUGGAGACAGAAAGCGGGAAGAGGAGCUUCUGCAGCAGAUCAACAAGCUAGUGGAGACCAGAGACUUCCUGGUGGACGAUGUGGAGUUUGAAAGGCUGAGGGAAAGGGAAGAGGACAGAGAAAUGGCAGCCUUCCUACACUCCAAAUUUCCCAAGACAUUGGCUUCAAAAGGUGUUUUGCCAGAUCAGAAGGUGGCGUCCAAAUCGCAGCAGACAUCGCUGCCAUUUUUCAAUAAAACUCGAGUUACACUGCUGAAGGACUGCUGCGGCUUCACCUGCUCCAUCAUGUAACACUGUGUGUGUGUGUGUGUGUGUGUGUGUGUGUGUGUGUGUGUGUGUGUGUGUGUGUGUGUGUGUGUGUGGUGUGUGUGUGUGUGUGUGUGUGUGUGUGUGUGUGUGUGUGUGUGUGUGUGUGUGUGUGUGUGUGUGUGUGUGUGUGUGUGUGUGUGUGUGUGUGUGUGUGUGUGUGUGUGUGUGUGUGUGUGGACGCACAUUUGAGCCUCCCUAGUGUUUACAUGUAUAUGCUGAAUGUCUGCCGUAAAGAUUAUCUGCAUUUAUCUUCAUAUGCUUGUAUAAAUGUAACAUGAAAGUUGUAUAUUUAUAGUAUUUUAUGUGAUUCUGUGAAAUACUGCGUUUAUAUAUUGCAGAGUGGAACAUGUCUGGCUUUCUGUCUAAUUAAAGUAAUCAGAUAUUAUUAUGGCUGCUCAUUGUGAUAUAUUAAGAUGUGCAUAAGGGUAGAAACUACACCUGCUGUAGUACUGUAGCAGAGUAUAUGGGUAUUAUUAAGACUGAUGCUUUCAUCAUUUCAUCAUCCAGGUCAUUGUUGGUCCAGAAAAUAGUUGAAUUAGGAGGAACAUCGGAGGAGAAAUGCAGUAUAUUGAGGUAAUGUAAGAAGAUCCUUUUAUUAGGAAAGGAAAGCAGCUGAGAGCCUUUUACUUUCAUCAGAUGUUGACAAAAAGGGAACAGACCAUCAUUCAAACCAAAGUCUUGAUUGCCUGAUUCAUGUGUAGCCGUUAAGUAUAAUGCCUUACAGUCUGCUUUCUUCAAAUAUGUUUUCAUCAAAAUAACUUUAUAUUUGUAUUAUUUUGAUGUAAAUCUUUGCAAUGCUGCUUCAAUAAAGACUUUUAUUGCUAA